AUGAAACAAAAAUUGCGUAUAUUAUUUGUGCCGAUUGACGCCACUGGCCACGUAAACUCGGCCAUCGGUAUGGCACAGGUGCUGAUGGCCGCCGGACACGAGAUCACGUUUGGCAUCAGUGAUCAGUGGACCGGUAAACUUGAACCGUACGGUAUUCGCGAAAUAGUUUGGACAUUGAAAGGUCGCGAAGAUGCCGGCAAUAAUGCGGCCAAAUAUUAUGCACAGGAUCUCAAACGAAAAGGUAUUUUAGGACCCGACGGCACACCGUUGGACAAAGCAGUCAUUAUGUUUAAAGAUAACGGCAAUGAAAUGUUUGAGGCCUGUCGUGAUGUUGAUGAACACUUGGCCAAAGCGAUUGACACCAUUCAACCCGAUAUCAUUGUAUGCGAUCAAAUAAUUUCGUUGACAUCGAUUACCCGAUCGGGAAUUCCGUGGGUAUUGGUAUGCAGUUGUAAUCCGUUAACAAUAAUGCACGACAAUAGGACACCGCCACCAUUUUCAGGUUUACCGACAACCGGUCCAUACAGUGAAUGGCAAUCAUAUAGAGAAGCAUACAUUGAAGGUAUUCAUAAUACAUGGAAACAAAUUAACGACUACGAGUUGGCCACUGGUCUACCACCGUUACCGGCAAUGUCGCUAAUCAAUGAAUCGAAAUAUCUUAAUAUAUAUGGCUAUCCCGAGGAACUGGACUAUCUGGACAUUAGACCGCUGCCCGAAAAUUGGUAUCGUUUUGAUAAUCUGAUGCGUAAAGAAAAGCACCGACCGUUUGAACUGCCGAAACAAUUGUCGACUAAACCGGGAAAACUGAUAUUUUUUUCAUUGGGAUCUAUGGGUGCAGUAGAUGUGGAAAACAUGAAACGAUUGGUCAAUAUAUUAGGAAAAUCUCGAAACCGAUUUAUUGUGUCAAAGGGGCCGUUAGGUGAUGAGUACGAUCUGCCGGACAACAUGUGGGGUCAGUCAUCGGUACCUCAGAUACAAGUCUUGCCAUUAGUUGAUUUGGUUAUAAAUCACGGCGGAAACAAUACACUAAACGAAACCAUAUACUUUGGAAAGCCUAUGAUAGUUAUGCCACUGUUUGCCGAUCAGUACGAUAACGCACAGAGAGUCCAUGAAAAAGGUUUCGGUAUACGACUUGAUGCCUACAAGUGCUCCGAAAAGAUAUUAUUAUCAGCUAUUGAUAAGCUUUUGAAUGACAAUGAAUUGCGUGAAAAAAUGCAGAAAAUUUCUCAAAGAAUACAAUCGGAUAAUAAUAUUAUUAUGGGUAGUGUUGCCAGACGUCCUCCAUUUCGGAGAAAAAUGUCGUCCGAUUUGUGUUGA